ACCUCAUUAUCAUCUUCUUCAUCUUCAUCAUCAUCAACAACUGCUACAUUUACUACUACAGCUUUAGCUUUAGCUUUAACUGCACACGGAUAUUUUCCCCCAAGAGACGCUCUCUCUUCUCUUCUCUUCAGAUCGUUUUGGAGUCUGUUCUGAGGAGGAAGAUUCAAUGCAUUUCGUCAUGUUGAUCUGAUUGUGGAUUUUCGUGAAUUUUUCGCUGCAAAUUGUGGAGGAAAAUCGUUGUUUGGCGAGGAAGCAAGCGAGCAGCAUCAAUGGCGGCCGCGGCGGAGGGGGCGUUCUCGUUCUCGGUUGCGUCGGUGGUGGAGGAUGUUCUCCAGCAGCACGGGAAUCGCCAUAGGGAGCUAGAUUUGGAGUCCAGAAGAGCCGAGGAAGCCGCAUCAAGAAGAUAUGAAGCUGCUGGGUGGCUGAGAAAGAUGGUCGGAGUUGUAGCGGCUAAGGAUUUGCCCGCAGAGCCUUCUGAAGAAGAAUUUAGGCUUGGAUUGAGAAGUGGAAUUAUCCUCUGCAAUGUCCUCAAUAAAGUUCAACCCGGAGCUGUUCCCAAGGUCGUGGAAAGUCCAUGUGAUGCUGCUUUGAUCCCUGAUGGAGCUGCAUUGUCCGCAUUUCAGUACUUUGAGAAUGUGAGAAACUUUCUUGUGGCUAUUCAGGAAUUGGGAAUUCCCACUCUCGAGGCAUCUGAUUUGGAACAAGGAGGGAAAACGACAAGGGUUGUGAAUAGUGUUCUAGCGCUUAAGUCCUACUGUGACUGGAAACAGAGUGGGGGAAAUGGAGUGUGGAAAUUUGGUGGAAAUGUAAAAGUUAUCUCCUCAACAAAAUCUUUUGUUAGAAAAAAUUCAGAGCCAUUUACGAAUUCCUUGUCAAGGAACUCAUCAAUGACCGAAAAAUCGUUGAACACUCUAUCCUCUGAUCUUGACUCUAAUAAAAUGUCUAGUUCUCCCUCCUUGAGUAUGCUUGUUCGUGCAGUUUUGUUAGAUAAGAAGCCUGAAGAAGUUCCCACGUUGGUGGAAUCUGUGUUAAGUAAGGUAGUGGAGGAAUUUGAACAGCGCAUCUCAAGCCAAUAUGAGACGGCAAAACCAGCUCCAAGAGAAAUGACUAUUUCGCAUGGAAACAAGCCUCCAACUAAAUCUACUUUCGGUGAUAGAAAGAUGGAGGACAAAAAUGCCAAUACAAUACAGAAAGAGCGCUUCCAAAAGAGUUGCAUUUCUGACGAGGAAUCGAAAAGGCAGCUGUUAAAACAGAAAAUGAUAUUUGAUCAACAACAAAGAGAUAUUCUGGAUCUAAAGAAUACUAUUCACACAACGAAAGCGGGAAUGAAAUUUAUGCAAAUGAAGUUUCAAGAAGAGUUCCACAAUCUUGGUUUGCAUAUUCAUGGCCUAGCUCAUGCGGCAUCGGGUUAUCAUAGAGUUCUUGAGGAGAACCGAAAAUUAUAUAACCAAGUACAAGAUCUCAAAGGAAGUAUCAGAGUUUAUUGUCGAGUGAGACCCUUUUUGUCUGGACAACCAAACUCCUUAAGCACUGUGGAUCAUAUAGAAGAUGGAAACAUUACUAUUAACACCCCUUCAAGGCAUGGGAAAGGACGCAAGUCAUUCUGCUUUAACAAAGUUUUUGGGCCAUCUGCAACUCAAGCUGAGGUAUUCUCUGAUAUGCAGCCACUUGUACGGUCUGUUCUUGACGGUUACAAUGUCUGCAUAUUUGCAUAUGGCCAAACAGGAUCAGGAAAAACUUACACGAUGACUGGACCCAGAGAACUUACAGAGAAAAGCCGAGGUGUAAAUUAUAGGGCAUUGGGCGAUUUGUUUAUAAUAGCAGAUCAAAGGAAGGAUACUUUGUGCUAUGAUGUUUCAGUCCAGAUGAUCGAGAUCUAUAAUGAGCAAGUGAGGGAUCUUCUUGUUACAGAUGGAACUAACAAAAGGUUAGAAAUUCGGAAUAGUUCUCAAACAGGACUUAGCGUGCCCGAUGCAAAUCUUGUUCCUGUUUCAUCAACAGCUGACGUAAUAGAUCUCAUGAAUCUUGGACAAAGGAACCGUGUUGUGGGCGCAACAGCCUUGAAUGACCGCAGUAGUCGCUCUCACAGUUGCUUGACAGUUCAUGUUCAAGGAAGGGAUUUGACUUCUGGGGCUAUCCUUCGUGGAUGCAUGCAUCUAGUUGAUUUAGCUGGGAGUGAGAGAGUAGAUAAGUCUGAGGUGACUGGAGACAGAUUGAAAGAAGCACAACAUAUCAACAAAUCUCUCUCUGCUUUGGGUGAUGUAAUCGCUUCCCUUGCCCAAAAGAAUCCACAUGUCCCUUACAGGAACAGCAAACUUACACAACUGCUCCAAGAUUCACUUGGAGGGCAGGCCAAGACAUUAAUGUUUGUUCACAUAAGCCCCGAGCCAGAUGCAACUGGUGAAACAAUAAGUACGCUUAAAUUUGCUGAGCGUGUCGCUACAGUUGAACUUGGGGCUGCCAAGGUGAACAAAGACACUACAGAUGUCAAAGAACUUAAAGAACAGAUUGCCAGUCUUAAGGCAGCAUUGGCAAGGAAAGAAGAGGAAGCAGAGCACAAUCAAUUCUCUGUAUCUGGCAGCUCUGAUAAGUACAGGUCCAAAGCUAGUGAAAUGUCACCUUUUCAAUCUAAACUUCAGAGUCCAGAUAUCUUGACUGGUGUAGUCAACAUGGAGAAUCACAAAAUCUCUGGUUUGAGGCAAAAGAGGCAAAGCUUUGAUCUUGACGAGCUACUAGCAAACUCACCACCCUUUCCCCCAGUGAGUAGUCCUGGCCAGAACUAUGGGGAAGAGGACAAAGACAUGAGCUCGGGCGAGUGGGUUGACAAGGUCAUGGUGAACAAGCAAGAAGUAAGCAGGGUUGAAAACCCUCUUGGAUGUUGGGGAGCAGAAAAUGGAAACUUAUCCGACAUGUUUUACCAGAAUUAUCUCCCAGAUUCCACCAAGGUUUACCCGGAACAAGCCUACAACAUGUUCAUGGGAGGAAACCGGUUCAACGGUGUAAUUAGUACCGAUGACACAGAUGAUCUUGACGCUGCCACAAGUGACUCCUCAGAGCCAGACUUGCUUUGGCAGUUCAAUCAAACCAAACUUAGUGGCUUAACCAAUGGUAUUGCGUCAAAGACCAAGAAACUCAACACAAAACCCACAAAGAGCCCAGAAAUAAGCAAAAAUUUUGGUUCUUCUCUAGGCCCUUCACCUUCCCGGAAAGUAUCAAAUGGAGUCCCACAUCGGAUAGGGAGGCAGCCAGCCCCAGUUGAUAUGAAACGCAAAACCGGCAACAGAAAGUAGAAGCGUGACACGCUGAUGGGUGAUUUUUUUUUUUUUUUUCUCUGAAUUUGUUACACAGAGAGAGAGAGAGAUGUUUCUUAUUUUUUAUUUUUUUUGCUAUAGAAUUAACUGCAGCAAUAAGUCCAGUUGCUUGUAUAUGUGUAAGAGUGAGUCCGUGUAAAAAACUCCUGCCCUGCCUGCUUGGUGUGGAUA